CCACAAAGAUAGAUUUGUCAUAUGAUUAUGGUUCACAUAUCUCUCUAUAUAUUUACAAACAAGUAGGCAUAUAAAAUCACAAACAUCUGGAGAGCCAAAACUUAAUUGAUCAUCAUCGUCAUCAACACUAAUAACUCUCAGAUUUUGUUUUUGUUUUCCUUUAAAUUGAUCAAUUUAAUAAUGUCUGAGAGAGGAAAGAUGAAGUCGGAGCCAAUGAAAGUUGUGUUCAUUAACACACAGUACGUUGAAACAGAUGCUCGUAGCUUCAAAAAUGUUGUUCAAGAACUCACAGGUAAAGAUGCCAUAGUCGCCGCCGGUCCUUUCGAGUGUCCAUCCACUUCCGACGACCGUUGUUACGGUGGAGGUAACAGAAUCGGUGAAGAUUCCAGACGACCCUACGACGGCGGAGGAGCGGAGACGACGACGGAGUUUGAUAGGUUUUUCAAGGAGAUGCCUCCCAUGGAGGAAUUGUAUAAGCUAUGGUCUGAAAGUUGAGUCAUUGAAACUGAAUUCUAUGUUAAUAGUUUAAGAGUAAUUAUUGGGUUCACCCCCUAGAGGUUCACCAA